AUGCAACGGCACAAGAUUCGAUUGGACGUGGUGUUGGCUGGUGUCGUGCUGCUCCUUCUGUUCAGUCUCCUCCCCUUCUUCUUCCAACGUCAGAUCAUCGAAGAGCCCGACACAGAAUUGCGGCACCACCAUAAGCGCCCCAUCAUCGUAGAUCGAGAAGAGGAAGAAAUAGAAGAAAUAGAAGAAAUAGAAGAGAGGAUGGCAAACAUCAUCGUGGAGAAGGCGUCCGAAUUCGACGAGACUCUGAGGGAGUACUUCGUGAAGCAUGCGGGCGACACCGUGCUUGUCUACCUCUACGGCAACGUGCAGCCCCAUACAGGCAAGAGCUGGUGCCCUGACUGUGCUGCCGCGGACGAGCCGAUCCGUGCUGCGGCAGCCGAGGCCGGCAUGACGCUCGUCGAGGUCCCCGUUGGCGAGCGCCAAGAGUACAAGGGUGUGCCCACCAACCCCUACCGUGUGCACCCCCAGAUCAAGCUGGCCUCCGUUCCCACCAUCAUCAAGUGGACCAAGGCUGGCCCUGGCGGUCGUCUGGUCGAGAGAGAAUGUCGCUCGCAAGCCGACAUCGCCGCUUUCCUCGCCAAGUGA